AUGCUCAUUAACCACCUUACACAACAAAAGGCCAAGAUAACCAAGAGGAAACAAGAAUUAAAGAAAGCCAAGAAAAGCAAGAAUGAUAUCAAGAAAAUCAUUUCUGACGAAAUCACAAAGCCGUUAACCCAAUUGAAGCUUUCCCUUGCCUCCGGUAAUACACAGAGUAUGCCAGUAGCCCUUUUGGACAACAAGGGCGUCAAACUUAUUAAAGAAUUUUUUGGUACUUAUGGGCUGCCUUGCGAAUUUAUGAAAGCAAGUAUAUAUUAUGAUUGUAAGGCACAGCCUUUGAAGCACCUUGAAGCAUAUUACAAGAUGGCAAAGUACUGUGAAGAAUUAGGCUACAAAUCAUUCAUGUGUUUUCCGCUCCGUCGAACGUAUGUGCCAUGCUAUAUGACGAUUGAUACGUUGAUCGUGAACAAUCAUAUUCUGUGUAAUACAAAUAGAUCCAAUUUAGACAAAGGCUUCAUUUGGAGCCAAAUAGUCAACCUCUCAUCGAAGGGCAUGAAGGAUCAAGGUGCUUCAAAAUCUUUGAAAUUUCGUGGAAUGAUUCAGUCUGAUGGUGUAGGUGUGUCGGUGUUGAAGCAAAAUAAAGAGAGUACAAAGGGUGGUACGCGUGGUACCAGACUAGAAGAAGACGACAACUUUCGAUACAUACACCAGUUGUCCAAAACUGAACUUGAGGAAACUACCGGAAGAUGUGUCUUUAUUGAUCCUGGACGGAGAGAUAUGCUCUAUUGCAUGCAGAAGAAUAGUGAAUCUGGAAAAGACAAACACACCUACAGAUACACCAGCAACCAGUGUGCGGUUGAGACGAAAAAAAGAAAAAUUAGGAAACUGCGCGACAUAAAAAAACCUACGUCAGUAAAGGAACAUGAAAACUAUCUAUCAAAAUUUCCAGCAUCAGCAAUCAAAGUAGACAAGUUCUCUGACUAUCUCAAAGUACGUUCUAUAGUUGAAGAUCCACUUCGAGAGUACUACUCAAACAAAAACAUACCCCACAAAAAUGCCAAUCUGCUUCCCUUUCGCGAGUUGAAAUUAUCAUCUAUCAUAAAUAAACAACAAUUCGAUCAUCGCUUAGCACAGACUUUGAAGCAACAAUUUGGAAACGAUGCUAUUCUCAUUCUUGGGGACUGGAAUGCCGGAAAUACAAAAAGGAUGCUCAAGAAGCAUGGUUUCUCUGUUUUACUUAUAGAUGAACAUAAAACGUCUUCACUGUGCCCUACUUGUAAGGUCGGUAAACUGGAAACUUUCAAAAAAGUUCAAAACCCACAAUCUUUUCGUCGUUCGAAAUAUCACAAGGUGGAAUGCCACAGACUCUUACGAUGCCUCAAUCAUCAAUGUUUGGAGUCCCUCCGCCUCUGGAACCGAGAUCUUGCUGUGGUCUUAAACUUUCGCGAUAUUUUGAAGUCUCACCGAGAAGGGCUUGGCCGCCCAACUCGAUUCAAGAGACAAUCUUUGAAACGCCCCUUACCCAAUAAUCAACAAGCUUCUUCCAGAAAACUUUUCCGCCAUAUGUCAUCCAAUGAAGGCCGCGAAUCUGCCUGAGGGAUGGAUAUUAAUAUGGUAAACAUUGAUACAGGUGAGUUCUAUUUUUUUUUUUUCUAUU